UUUGGCCCUACCGCACUGCAAUCAUCAGGGCCUUGUCGCCCUAGUCGCACAGCCCUUUGUCCCAUCAGCCGACGCAAUCUUGGGCCGAUAUACCUGGUCUCACUUCGAGCAGAGUUAAUCAAUUGCUCCAAGAUGCCCCUUAGGAAAUCUGUCACAUCAACGACAAGACUUCCUUCGUAAAUAGCCAGUUCAUAUUUUAUUCCUGAUCGGUGAUCUAUCCUUCGCCUAAAUCUAGGCCAAUCCGCUUCAAGCCUUCGUUCUCGAUCAAGUUUUCCUUAAAACGCUGAUCAAGAAUUUGAUGAUGAAAUCAAUCGCGUUCGUUUUGUUUCUGGCCACGAUCAACUUCCGAGAAGCUUUCGGAUGGGCCGAUCGGGGCAAGCAGGUUGUUUCUGGCUACUAUCCGUCUUACAAUGCGCAUAUCCAACCACCAUCCAAAAUCCCUUGGAGCCAUUACACACACAUUGAUUAUUUUGUGGCACCCGUGCAAAAUGAUCCGGGAAAUCCACUCAAGAUUGAAGACGAGAAAAACCUCAAGGAGACAGUCGAGCUGGCCAAGGCUCACAAUGUAUCCAUUUCUUUGUGCAUCGGCGGCUGGACAGGUAGUAAGUUCUUUAGCAACCUAGUAAAAACAGAUGAAUCCCGUCAGAAGUUCGCAAGCUCCCUGGUCCAAAUCAUCAAAAAAUACAAGUUUGAUGGCGUCGAUUUAGAUUGGGAAUAUCCCGGUGUACCUGGAGAAGAAGGCAACAUGAUUUCCCCCUCAGAUACAGAGAAUUUCUUGAAGUUUUUGAAAAUCUUGAGGAAGAAAUUUGGGCAUGAUUAUCGGAUCUCGGCGGCGGUGUCAGUCAAGGGAUUCAUGGGCGCAGAUGGCAAAUAUCUCAAGGACACAAAAGCCUUCUCCAAAGUACUGGAUUAUAUUACCAUCAUGGCAUACGAUAUAUAUGUCAGCGGGGCUGGAAAACAGCUUUCCGGACCAAAUGCACCGCUCUUCCACACCUGCUCAGAUCCGGGAUCCAAAUUUUCGGUUUCGGGCGCAAUCAAGAGUUGGAUCAAGAGCGGCUUCGAAUCCCGGAAGAUCUUGCUUGGAGUGCCCGCAUACGGCUAUGCAUACACCCUGCUAUCCUCUGAACUUCAACCCACCAAGUUCUCAGGAUUGAAGCAAAAGACUAGCCUGUUGUUCCAAAAUACGACCUCGAAACCUCCUCAAGGAGGCAAGAUCUCCGCUACUCCUGGGCAUUGGUUAUAUCACGAGCUUUACCUGGAUGAGAAGCUCGCCAAAGAUGGAAGAAGAGGUACUUCAGGCUAUAAGCGUCAUUUUGAUGAGUGUACGCGCACUCCUUUCCUCUUCAACAAAGAAAACAAAAACUUGAUUGUUUACGAUGAUAGACGAUCGAUCUUUGAGAAGACACAGUUUGCCAAGUCGAAAAAGCUUGGCGGGAUCAAUAUCUUCGAUACUACCGGUGACACCCUCGAUCGAAAACUGGUCGACACUAUUCGUGUUCUUUACCCAAAGAAACAAACUGAUAAAACUUUCAAAAAAUCAAAAGAAGAUAAUAAUAAUAAACAUAGCUUUUCGCUCAAGAAAUCUUGUCGUAAACUCCAAAAAUAGGAUCUUACAAAUUCUUGUCAAUGACUUUGACUUAUAUAGUUUCUCCAUUCCACAUACAUAUAUUUAAAAACAAACUUUCGUGAUUCGGAGCCAGAGAACAAUUCCCUGAUACAUAAACAUCUUUGAUUUGUAGAUUAAUAAAUAUUGUACUUGAUCAAUUAUUUUUUUAGUGGACAGUUUUUGCAAAAUCUUGGGGGUAUUUCUUAUUGGUCUAUUCUGAUCUUCUAAUCUGCGUGCACUUUUGCCUAAAUCUAUGUAAAAGUGGUGCCAUCGUCACAUUGAACACAUUUAUAGGGGGUUCACAAUUGAAAUCUAUGAAGACUUGAUCAGAGCCAAUUUUAAGGCCCC